ACCAGCCUUUUUGCAAUCCCACCCACAGCUCUGACGACACAAGGUUCUUUGAUUAUCGCCUCCAUCCAUUCAUAAACGAGGCGUCCGCCACCUCUGAAGUAGCUUAAGCUUACAUUUCAUCCAAAUAUCACACAAUUGAUUUCAACCAUACAUAUAAACAUGGAGACCAUAAAUCGAACCUUCAACAACGCCUCGAAUGCUCUUUGGAACGAGGUCCAUGCUAACCAAACCCCCGAUAGCCAAUUAAACCAGCAGCAUGGCGAUGAGCCUCUCUCGGGAAUCCAAGGCAGAGGAACUGCCACCGAUCCUUAUGAUGCCGGAAACCGUGACGAACAACCUGGAGCUCCUAGGACAAAGGAUAACACCGCUGUCAUCCCCGAACCACUUGCGUCUACCGAUGCUGAUCACGCCCGCAACCCCAAGUCACCUAGCAAUGCCGACUACGGCCCCAAGAAUGUUUUCAUCAGUGAGCCACACCAGGGCCAGCAGAUGAACUACCCCAUAAGGGGUGUUUCAUCUGGUAUCAAACAAGGGCAGUCUCAAGCUGCCAUUCCUGAGCAGCGAACCCAGACAUCCACCUAUGGUCAAGGAAGCCAUGCCUCCGGUAUGGGAAGCCAGUAUACCCAGAAGAGUAGAGACACUGCGGGCUCGUCCUCAGCCACUAGCGGCGCGUAUGCCUACUCUGGACAAGGAGUCCGGGACACCACAGAUCUUCGUGAAGAUGUCUCCGCGGCCAGGGAUCAGGGAGUCUCGAGCAAGUCAAACAUCUCCGGCCCUACUGGCGCCUAUGCCUAUUCUGGACAAGGAAAUCAGGAUGACAUGGAUGCGCAAGAUCAAGUGAGGGUUCCUACAUCGAUAAAGAAGGAUACGGCAAACCAACGGACUUCAAGUGCUGCACAAUCUACUCAGCGCAUGCCAGAUAAUGCAGCCAAAUCAAUGCAGAAGGAGAAUGAGUACGGCAGUAAAGCGGUUGCUGGAGGCAUGGCUGGAGGUGUGGCUGGGGGCGUCAUUGGACAACAGGGAAUGAAGAGCAAUGCCGACCAAGGAGCUGCUCAGAGCGUCACCGACGAUGGUGUCAGAACCCGCUCGAUGCAGCAGGAUACCACAUCUCCUAGCUCAGCGAUGGCGGGGGGCUCUGUCGGAAAGCAGAGUGCCUAUGGUAACAUCGAUACGGCACGGGAUACCCAACAAGAGAGAUUGUCCGCAGCCAAGUCAACUCCAUCAGCAUCCGAGUCCACUCCCAGUGGAGUAGAUUCAGUAAAUGCAAGGAGCCAGGUGCCGAAUAAAGAAGCUCGGGUUUAUCAGGACAAAUCAACGCAAGAUGAGAGCGGCGCCGCGGUUGGCUCUGCCCAGAAAGGCAGCGGCGCAGGAAUGACCGAAGAAGACGAUGUUGACUCCCUGAAGAAAGGCAAAGAGAGCGCAGAUGACACCGGGGACAAGCUUCCCAAGAACACCAAAGUCAGCGAGGAAGCUCUGAAAGGCCCUAAGACUCCUGCGAGGGAGCCUUACGAGUUUGAGAAGCGUUUGGAUCGCGGGUACAGCCGCUCGAAACCAUCAGGACCCGAUACCAGCAAGAGUUCCAGUGAAGGAGCCGCCGCAGCUGCAGCACAAAAGAACAAGGCCAACGGAAACGGUCACCAGCAUCACGGCCCCAUUACUCAGUUGAAGGAGAAAGUGUCCAAGGUUCUUCAUCACAAUGGUAACGGCAACGGCAACGGCACGAAGGCAUAAAUGAGGUGGCUAAUAUGAUAUUUUUACGUUAAUUGGUUGCCAUUUCGAGAUUGAACUCUUUCAAGGAUUCCACAAC